AUGCCGCUCUAUGAGGUAACAAUGAUCCCAAAAUCCAUGGCCAAGGUGAGAUCUCUACAUUAUUUUAGAUAUCAGUUGAUCUGAUUCGUAUUUUUUUGAUAUUAUACUUGAUAAACUUGCAGCCGGACCUGGUGAAUGCUAUAAAACGAGUUGCAGUCACAAUGUUGGAUAAAGGCGCAGUGAUUGACAGCAUGGAGAGUCUGGGACAUCGAGAUUUGCCGUUCAGAAGGAAUUCAAAGUUGCUGAAGGAGCCAAAUUAUUCGACAAAGUGAGUAUUCAUUUUUUUGUCUAAAUUUAGGUCUUGGAGACGCUUUACACCUCAUGGCUUUUCGUUUUCAGCAUGUUUCUAUUCAACACAUACAUGCCAAUCAAGACCAUGCACGAUGUGAUCGAGGUCCUCAAGAACGACAAAGACCUGCUCCGAAUUUUCGCCGUUUCCGAACAUGAUAUUCCAAAACAACCUGAGCAAUGCACACUUCAUGAGUUCCUCAAACCUCCAGCUUACCGAAAAACAGUCCAAGAGCUGAGGGAGAACCAGAGAUUAGGGCAUUUCCCGAGAAUGAGGUUGUUCAAGAGGGUUGAACGAGAAUGGAAAGCAAUUCCGAAGAGUUACCCUAUUCCUCCACCUCGAAAAUAA